AUGAGCAACAUCAACGACAUGCUCGCCGCAGCGGCGCACCACUUCGAGCGGGACCGAGCUCUGAUUCCAAUGUACUUGCACCUCCUGCUCUCCGCCUUAUUUCCGAUCUAUACAGGUGCCCAUGCCUCACUAUCACGGCCAUCUUCUGCGGCCAAGCCUCAGAAGCGUACCAGAGAAGAGAAUGACGAAGAGGAAGACGAGGAAACAAUUGAAAAGAUGGAGGGAUUGACUCCAAAGGAUGCUAUAAUCUUCCCUGUCACGGCAGGUCUUGUUCUGUCCGCUCUUUAUUUCGCUAUCAAGACGUAUGGCGCUGGCAUUAUCAAUCAGAUCCUCGGAGCCUAUUUCUCGUUGAUCGGCACGUAUAGCGUCGCCAAGCUCAUCAACGACUCCUGGACCGUUCUUGCGAGCUUCGCCACUCCAACAUACUACUACGAUCAGGGCAAAGUCUGGAAGUUGAGCGAGAAGGACCGCAAAGCGACUGCGGUUGGCGCCAAUGAAGCCGAAAGUGGUGUUCGCCCUUCACCGCUUGCUGGCCCACUGGGGCGAGUAUUCCUCCCGGAGACUUUUCGAGAUUUUAUUUGGGCAGGUCGGGGCCUUGUGAAGCAGCGAUUUGUGGUCGAGGGCUACGCGAAGGACGUAUUCGACUUUCGCGCAAUCUUCACUCGUUUGAACGUGCUGUCCGCUAUUCUUGGCAUCACAGCUGUAGGCUACUUCGUGUUUGUUGAUAAGCCAUGGUGGCUCACAAAUCUACAAGGCUUUGCUGUCUGCUAUGGUGAGAACUUUGUUCGAAAGACCACUUGUCAAUACACCGCUAACCCCAGCUUGUAGGUGCCCUCCAGCUAAUGUCGCCAACGACAUUUCUGACCGGAACCCUGAUACUUUCGGGACUGUUCUUCUACGACAUUUGGGCUGUAUUCUUUACUCCUCUCAUGGUGACAGUCGCCAAGAACUUGGAUGUGCCCAUCAAGCUCGUUUUCCCGAGGCCGUAUGAGCCCAGUACAGAACCAGGAAAGCCGCCAGUGCGAAGCUUUAGUAUGCUUGGACUUGGAGAUAUCGUGCUUCCCGGUCUGAUGAUCGCUCUGGCCUUGAGAUUCGACCUUUACAUGUACUACCUCAAGAAGCAGACUACUGCGGACACAGUCACAGCACAAACGAACAAAAGCCAGUCCAACGCUGAUGAUGUGCGGAAAGCGCCGUGGAUACCAGUAACUGGGCAUUGGGGUGAAAGAUUUUGGACCGCUCGACUCGCAUCAUCUCCUGAGUCCAAUCGCUUACCAGAGUCUUUGACGACCAGCUUCCCGAAACCGUACUUUACGGCAUGUGUGAUCGGCUAUGUCGUUGGAAUGAUUGCGACACUCAUUUUCAUGAGUGUGUUCCAGCAUGCCCAACCAGCCCUCCUCUAUCUUGUUCCGGCGGUUUUGACUAGCUUGUGGGGCACUGGCUUUGCGCGCGGAGAGCUGAAGCACCUGUGGGAAUUUACCGAGUCGAUUGAUGGUCAAGCCGAAAACGAAGACAAAGAUGAGAAAGAAGAAACAGAGGCAACGGAACAAGGCGAGGAGACUUCGCAGUGGUGGACAUUUUCAUGGGUUUGUGAUCUUCUGCUUGGUAGCAACAAGACAAGCGCCAAGGAAAGUCCCUUGAGUAAGAAUUCGCAGCAGGAAAGCUUAAGCAAGGCGGUCGCCCAGUCAGAACAUGAAGGUCAAGAAAAGAAAGGUCCAGAUACAGACAAAGAUGCAAAGGUGGAGGAAGUCAGGCAUAGGUCAGUGGGCCCUGAUGUGGUGUUCUCUUUCGCUAUCAGCCGGCACAAACAAAAUGCCAACGAUGCUUCCGGCGAUCCUGCUCUAGCUUCCACAAGCAAACCGCCACCUGGAGUAGAGCCUGAUGCAAAACAUGAACCGUCUGACUCCUUGUCUUCUGACGAGGUUCUGGUGUCCUCCUCGGAUCUCUCUGGCCAAGAUUGA